AUGAAGACACAGGUUAUAUUUAUUAUUUUGUAUUUUGCUCUGGUGUCGAUUUGGGUCUCCAACGCCGAAACUACCACUGAAGCCUCCGAAACCACGACAGAAUAUCCGGCAGCUCCGAAAUGGUCUUGGACGGAAUUUAUCCGCGCUUUAAACGGCAGCCGUAGUGGAAACAAGUUCUACUUCUUUUUCUAG